AUGACAGACGAUGCACAAACUACGGAUAAUGGGAAUGAUGUCUUCGACCUGGCGAGUGUCUUCAGCUUUUCGUUGAAUCAACGUGUUAUGCCCGGGUGUGCGUUGUCGGCCCGGGUACUGCCCGAUGACAACGAGACGUUGGUUGCGGUUAGCACGUCGAACAAAAUCAUACUUAGAAACAAUGAGACCACUCUACACAUAUCAGACAAGAUUAAAUGCCUGACCACAGCGCCGUUUGGCGAUAGCUAUGACUACAUCAUUGUGGGUACCGAGAGCCAAGUGCUCGUUUAUGACUUCCAUAGAAAUUCGACCGUCUUUCAUCGUGAUGUACCUGAUGGAGUUCAAUGUUUUGUGGUUGGUAAACUAGCCGAUUUGGAUCGUAUGAUCUUGUGCGGAGGCAACUGUGCGAUUUGGGGAUUCGACGAAACCGGCAGGGGUAUCUACUGGACUGUCACAGGUACGCAUCCGACUAAUUGGAAAAUAUUCCAGUUAAUUAUUGGUUCGCCUGAUGGCGAAUUGCGAGUUUUUAAAAAUGACCUCAUGAGAACUGAACUUCUUGAAACCGGCGCUGUCAUUCUUCUUCAAGCAAUCAAUAAAAGUCAUUUUGGAUACGCACUCGCAAAUGGAACCGUUGGUGUCUAUCAUCAGGAUCAGCGUCUAUGGCGAAUCAAGUCGAAGAGCGUCAUCAGUGCCCUUCUGCCCUAUCCAAACGAUGAAAUGAUUACGUGCAUAUGGAAUUCGGGAAAAAUCGAUGUGCGUUCGAUCAGUGAGAACGGUGAAAUCGCUUGUCGGAAUUCUACACUAGCAGGACAAAAUAUCAUUUCUGGAUUCAUUUCAAAAAUGAACAGCAACAAUGUCCCAGAGUUUACUAUAGUCACUGUCGAUGGAAAAGGUUAG